AUGGCGUCCGCACCACUGGAACGUUAUGUGUUCAAGCCUCUUGGUCUCCGUGAAAGUUCUGCUCCCUCUGACCAAGCGUCUGAGCAAGUCGAGCGUCGAUGGAUCAGGCUGUUGAGACUCUACCCCGGCCUUCACAACAAUCAACUCAUCAGCCGACUGACCGAGCACUAUCUCCCAAACUACGACAGCCGAUUGCAACAGGACGACGCCCCAGCACUCAAUGAUGAUAUACCAGUAAUUAAGACUGUGGACGACAAGACUCACGACGGUCUUACCUACGAAGCGUUGUCUUAUCAUUGGGGACCUCCAGACCCUGAGUGCUGGCUGACAAUCUUGGACGAGAAGGAAGCUGAUCGGCCCGAGACGAAGGGUCUAAACAUCACUCCGAAUCUUGCCAAAGCACUCCGUAGCCUGAGGUAUGAGAACAAGACCCGCGUGCUAUGGAUCGAUUCAGUCUGUAUCAAUCAAGAAGACGACAAUGAAAGGUCCGACCAGAUUCCACUCAUGGAUCAGAUCUAUAAAUGGGCUGAGAAUGUCUGCGUGUGGCUGGGCGACGCAGACGAAACGAGCGACUUGGCCUUCAAACAUAUUGACAAUGUGCUUCAUUUACAAGAUUUCGACCAGACAGUUACCCCAGGCAACACCGACGCUUGGGCUGCGCUGUCAAAAUUGAUGAAGCGCGAGUGGUUCUCGAGAAGAUGGAUCGUCCAGGAAAUCGCAUUCGCGAGAAAAGCGACUGUACAUUGCGGCAAGAACGAAAUAGCGUGGGAUGACUUGGCUGACGCCGUAGCUCUGUUUGGAUCGAGAGCGCACGAUAUCUCGGAGCUUUUCCGGGGUGAUUCCAAGUAUGGCCAUAGAGCAGAUUUCCUUGGUGACGUUGAAGCGCUCGGAGCCAACAGACUCGUCACCACGCUGAGCAAGCUGUUCCGGAAAGCCGACGACCGGAGGCGGGUCGAACGUUUGCUUCCACUCGAAGCUUUGAUAUCUGAUCUCUCAGCAUUCAACGCCACCGUGCCUCACGACAUAAUCUAUGCAGUGCUUUCUUUGGCCAAAGGUGUGAUCACAUCAGCAAGGCGGGCACCCUUGCUCAACGGAGGUGCAUCCCAACCUCUCGCUGCGAGACCUCGCGUGAUGUCUUUGAACACACCAAGACACGGUGCAACUGGGUCGCUUGACAAUCCGUUCCUCCAGGUCUCAAGUCCCACAGAAAUGGUACAUGGACACAUCGGUCGCUCCGCAGAGGUGACGCCAGGUUCCGAAGCCCGUCAUAACCUGUUCGCGAGGCGGCUGUCUUCGCAAUCCUCCACUGCUCGCUCUCGUCGGCUUAGUAGCACUGGCGAUUCAGCAGUGCCGUCUUCACCGAAGAAGGCCAGACAACAGCACGAGGAAGAAAUGAUAGAAGAAGACAGUGAAGCGUUGGAAAGAGCUUAUCGGCCGGUGAUACCCUCCUACUGGUCAGGAGAUGUAAACUAUAACACUAUCGUCGCGCAGGUCAGAGCGAGAGGCCUUUUCGACAGCGAACUUAUCGAACAAAGCUUCUGGGACUGGGAUAGUGAGACGAUGGAGCAGCUCAACAAGGCCGAUGGCACCGCAUUUGCUGUGGAGCGGCUCCUACAGUGGAAGGCAGAUCACCGCAGGGACGUGGUGAAAUUCGUCAUCAAGAAACUCGAGGACCGCGUCGCCGAGAAGACUUUCCACGUUGACUAUGCUAACAAAAAGUUCUACGAUGUCUGUAAAGAGUUCAUCGAGUUCACAAUCCGAGCGUCGAAGUCGCUAGAUAUGCUCUGCCGCCCCUGGGCCCCAGCCAAAGGGCCCAUACCCGAUGCCAACGAUAGUUUGCCGUCAUGGGUCUGCAGACUCGAUAAGUCACCUUAUAGACCGCGGCCUGAUGGCAACUAUGGUCGAGCUAACGCUGACCUAUUGGUUGGUAUACCUGCUUCCGGUGGCAGGAUCUACUCAGCGUCAGCUAUGACGACGCCCGACGAUUUCAAAAUGCCCCGAGCUUCACCGCAAAGCCUUUAUGUGUAUGGGUUUGUGCUCGACACGAUCGAGAAGCUUCAGGCACCAGCUACGGAAGGCAACGUGCCUGUGGAGUGGCUGAGGUUGGCGGAAUGGGACCCGUACAAAGGCGACCAGCCUCCUGAGAGCUUUUGGCGCACUCUGGUCGCAGACAGAGACGAUAAAGGUCACAAUCCGCCUUCUUACUAUCGUAGGGCUUGCGAGCAUGCGUUUGCUCAGCGUGUCAUGGGAGGCAAUCUUAAUACGGAGCGACUGAUGUCGAGCGCGCAGUCGAGCGAAAUUAUGACCAACUACCUUCGACGAGUCCAGUCUGUCAUCUGGAACCGCCGAUUGAUGCGAACCACUCGAGGUCAGCGACUAGGACUUGCGCCAAACGACGCAGAGAAAGGCGAUAGGGUAUGUAUUCUUCGUGGAUGCAGCGUCCCUGUGAUCUUGCGGGUGUCAGAGGAUAGGAGCCAUGAGGCUCAAGUGGUGGCUUACGAGGACGGACAGACCGACAAUCGCGUGCAUAUGCCACCUGCACCUAUUAUUCGAGCCGAAGAUGUUACUACAACUACCUCAAUACCUUUUCCGCCUGCAUCAACUGAUACGCCGCCUGGUCCGCGGCCGAACGCCACUCGGACCUAUCCUUUGCGAAGUAGUCCACUGAAGCCUGAAAUUCGGGUUGGACAGAGGCUACGAUGUGAGAUAAUUGGGGAGAGCUAUGUUCACGGCGUAAUGGAUGGCGAGGCUUUUCGGAUCAGGGACAAGCAAAAGAUUCCGGAAUGUGAGUUCGAACUGAUUUGA